AGGAGGAAGAAGGAACAUCAGGAGCCCUAUUAUUUAUUACCGGACGGUUCGCGAUGACCGAACCGGAAUAAAUAUUUUACGGUUGGACUAACAAACCGAAUCGGUCAAAUUGAACCGACCGGUUCGUUACAAGCAGAUUAACACAUGGCGACUUAUUACAUCUGCAUGUAACAGCCUACGUGGACGAACAAGAAACUUUUCCAACCAAACGUGGCAAAACCCCACUGCAUGCAGUUGCCGAUAUGAGUCAAAUCGGCAACUGGAAAUCGAGUCUUAGUACAAUUUUGGAGAUGACAGAGAGGCAAGAGUGGAGGAAAACGGCCGACACCCACAAGAUGAGGCCGGAAGAUGUCAAAGCUGCAGGUUUAGAUUCAUCUAAACGUCCACCAGGUCAGAAUCCCGGCGAAAUCCUUCACCAGAGGCGCAUAUUACCUUACAAGCUCUCAAACAUGGCCAUCGGCGGCCUCCUCAUCACCGCCGCCAUCGGUUACUUUGUUUUGUACGUCAAGAAAAAGCCCGAAGCCUCCGCCGGAGACGUCGCCAAGGCCGCCGCCGGCAGGAGUUCUGAUUCUGAUAACAAACCACCCAACAAAUAGUUCACAUCAUUUUCUUUUCUUUCUUUCUUAUGUAUCCUUUUCUUUUCUGGGUAAUUUUUAAAUCUUGUGUUAAUUAAGCUUAUAAUAAAAAAUUACGUCGCCGAAAGGUUAUUUAUUGAA